AUGACUGUACAACACGAAGGGGGCAUACAGAAUAAUACCGCAAAUGAAAACGAUUUUGAUUUAACAGGGAGCAUCACUAACGCUGGUAAAAUAUUCAUCAAAUACGCAUACAGCAUAGCUGUAAUUUCGGCUCUGGUAUUGUCUAUAGUCGCUGUGCUGCUACUCAGAAAAGACGACGCGACGUUACCUCAGAAUAAGGAUGAAAUACGUUCUCUAAGACAGAAAUUAACGCCAUGUUUAACGAACGGAACAUACCCGAUAUUUCUACGCAAGAUUCGUCAGCUUUCAGGCAAAAUCGAAGCUGUGAAAACAAACUUGACUCAACUAAUGACCGAAAUUAAAUCCUCGCUGGAAAAUAACAUUACCCACGUCGAAGCAUCGUUAAAUAAACGUUUAGCAGUCGUGCAAAGUCAAGUCUCAAAUUUGAAAACGAAUGCGAAGGAACUCCAAACGAAUUUUGGAAAGUUUCAGGAAUUGACGAACUAUAAAUUCAAACAGAUUUGGGAAAAAUUCGACGAAGUAGAAUCGGAAAUUGCCCAGAAACAUGGCUGA